AUGAAGUUUUUCAGCGUCGUAUUUUUUGCCGUUAUGGCUUUCAUCGGUAUUACCUUUGCUUCUCCAGUGCUAGAAAUGCAGGCUUUUGACGACAUCCACUGCAAGGGUAGCAAAAGCUAUGCGAUUUCUUUGAACGACUGCCAAAGGUUCCGUAAUGUUGCUUCCAUCAAGUCCUAUGCCAACCGUGGUGUUUGCACUGCCUACGUCUACACCUCCGAUGAUUGUUCUGGUGAACCGAUCUUGAGCCAAAACAUCCAAGGUGGCUGUAACAAUUUGGAUAUUUCCUUUUCCGGCUCUUGGCAAUUCCAAUGCUAA